AUGAUCAAACAAAUAGGAAUAGUUCUUAUAGUUUUAACAAUGGUCGACUUUGGUAAAACUAUUAGUAAAUAUUCUGCUGAAGCUAAUUUAAAACCUCCUGACAAACCAUGGGUAUUAAAUCCUAAUGUUAAUUUUCGUACUUUGGAUAAACCAUUUAGAAUGGCUAAAUUAAAUUUAUUAUGGUCAAAAGCACAAAGAAGAUUGACAGAUGUAAAGUUAAAGUCUUUAUUUAGUGAUUUAAAAAUUCACGAUAAAGAAGAAAUAGCAUGGAAAAGAUUUAAAUCAGACGGAAAUGAUAAAGAUGGAUUAAAGGAAGCGGAAUUGAGAGAAAAAUUAAUUGGAAUUAUGAGUACUUAUAGUCUCCUAGAACACUUUCAGGAUGUAAAUGAUCCGAAAAAAGUUAAAGUUUAUAAAGCAAUGAAUGAUCCAUCAAUUUCAUAUAUAAAUAAAUCUCUUUUUAAAGAUAAAAGAUUGAAUCAGUUAUGGGAAAAAGCAGAAAAAGCCGGUUUUACCGCUGAAGAACUUCAAGCUUUGCACGAAGAAUUUAAUCAUCAUCAACAAAAAAUCGAUGAAUAUUACAGUUUGUUGCAGGAAGUUGAAAAUGAUCCAGAUUCGCACAAAAAUUCAAUCAAUGAUAAUCUUGAUCAUUUUAACAUGUUGACUGAAAUGGAAGAUAAACCUAAUGUAAAAUAUGAAACUAAAGUCAAUCAGUUGAGAGAUUUAAACACUGAAGUACGAGAUGGAUUCGAUAGAUUAAAUUUAAUCGCUGCCAAAGGACCAAACAGUAAAGAAUUUAUAGAACCACAAGUUCAAAACCUAUGGAUGCUUGCUGUGAACUCUAAUUUUACAAAUGAUGAACUUGAAUCACUGAAGACUGAAUUACUUCACUACGAACACAGACUUAUGAAAUUAAGACAUUUACAUGCCGAAGCGGAAUUUCACUUGAGUAAAUCUCCAAAAGUAACUGGAGAAAAACCGGCUCAGGGUUUACUUUCGACAGAUGAAAUUGUUAAAAAACAAGAAAAAAAAGUUGCCAAAUUGAGAUUAGAUUUAGAAACUAAAAUUAUGCAAAAACACAUUGAAUUGUAA